AGUUAUCAAUUCUUCGGAUCUGUUGAAGAUCAAUCCCUUCUCGGCACGGAACAUCACGUCAGGGGUGGUUUUGUCUGCGAAGAUGAAACUGCGAUUGUGCCAAAAUGCCGAAUCAAUAACCUCGUCCAAGCUCCCUCAGACGGGUUAUCCGUUGCCAGGUGGCGCACGGCGUUCCUGGGAUUUCCUACUUCCAUGAUGGGGUUCCCGUUCUCCAGAUACCGGGAAAGAAACUUCUUCAGGUAUUCUCAAUCUCAUCCGGAAUCCUGAAUAAAAACAACCGUCGAUGUAAGAGUCCCGGAGAUAGCAUCAUUCCUUUCACUAUAUACCCUUCUUCGAACCUGGUGUUCUCCUCUUUCAUAUUAUUAUUUCACGAUGGCUGGCCUUCUGAAUGACUUGGGCAAUACUUUGGGAGGGGUUGGUGGCCUUUUAGGCGGGACUAAUAAUGCGAACGAUGAUGCAAACGACGGGACACAAGCGACGACAUCCGCAGCAGAAACUGGGAAGGAGACGAACGCAGGCGACGCUGGGGCUUCUUCAACCUCAACCGCUAAAGCAACAGCAACGGCCGAUUCGAACGGUUCGAAGGAUAAUGGCAAUUCAAACAACGACAACAACAAUUCGAACGAUAAUAAUAAUUCGAAUGGCGACUCCUCUACUACUACGGCUGCGGCAGCAUCCGCAACUAAAGCAUCCGCAACCCAGGCGGCGCCUCAGACUACGGCUGUUGCACUGAACCCUGCCGUUACGGACAGUACAACUGUCGCAUCUCCUGCCUUACCGGAGACAACUGCCAACUCUACGCCAAGCACGACGUUCGUAGUCGGCGGCGCAACAACAACUUCCGCCGCAUCGACCGCAACACCACCCGCCUCAGUCCCUACCACCCUCGCGACAUCUGUCAAAUCAUCCAGCUCUCUUACCGACGCCAUCGCUACAAGUCUCAAUCUCCCGGCAUCUACUAGCAGUGUGCUUAGCACUGACAACGCACUCUCCUCCACCGCAGCAGCCCAGCCGACGCAGCUCUCCCAGCAAGACGCCGCUGCCGCCGCCGCCUCCACUCCGAGCGCAGCAGCGGAUACUAGUGGGAGCACUAUCGCUCAAGCUCAGACAUCAUCAUCAUCAAACAGCGGGAUGAUUGGCCCCCUUCCAACCGUCGCCGUGGCUGGUAUUGCCGGAGGCGGUGGUGGGCUAAUCCUCAUCGCUGCUACCAUAUUUACCCUCCGAAGAGUAUGGCGCAAGAGGCGCAACGGAAAUGACGAAGCAUUGGAGCGGCUCGACUCCAUGUACGAGGCGGGCAAGCCUACGCCAAUGGAAUCUACCGAGAAGCUCGUCCGUUGGAACAAGGGCUUGUCCGAGUACCACAAGCCUGGCGACAACAGCUACAAGGCAUAUAGAAUGUGAUGUAGUACGAUGUAAUGGGGAGACGGAAGAGAUUGUGGGCUCGGCGUCUCGGAAUAGAGCUGUUUGGCUAUCAUCACGUAUUAACUAUCUAAAAAGGUGCCUAGCGCCUAAAAUACCAUCAUACCACCCCCUAUAUAGUAUAAAAAUAGUCUAGUCGUUACCUUAGUAUUUAACGUCCUGUGUAAUACUAGUCUCCGGUCUCUAAUAUAUCAUGGUUCCUUACUUGU